AAAAACUACGGAACUUGUAGCGCAAAGUUCAGAUAAACUGCAGCUCGUGAUAAAGUGAUAAAGAUGAUUAGACGUAGCCCUCGACUUGCCUUACGUGGACACAUCCCACCUGAUGGCCACGGGAAUGCUGCAGGACAGAGGAUGUUCAGUAGGAACAGAAGGAGAAACCAGCACAUGGGCGAUGCUUCGAGUGCCUUUGAAGCUGAUAUUAGUGACAUCAGCCGCAGUAGCAGCGUUGAAUCUCUGAUUCCAGACAAACCCUGUGCCAUUGCGACGAUGCUUUCUUGCCUCGCCAGUUUGUGUCACAGCAUGAAGUCUGGAAUCAUGUGCCUCUAUUUUCUAUUUCUCAGCAGACGCACUGUGUGUAUGAAGAUGAUCGCCGUUCUGCUCCUGCUGCUUUUCGGUGUGUGGUUCGGGUACAGACAAACACAGAUGGAGAACGGAGUGAAGUUUCUAACAAAGACCGUAGAAAAGCAGAAGCUUGAGAAUAAAAAGCUGCAAACGGAUAUGCAGGAAAUGUUGAUUCUAAUGAGGAAAAUUGACUCAGCGAUGUAUAAACUCCACAUGGCCUCUGAACAGCUCAGGGUCAAAGUCAAAAGCCAGAAGUCAGAGUGCAUGAAGGAAGCUGAACGCAUUGUGCACAGGGCGCUGAGCCUCCACAGGGCUAAUGGGAUGAGAAUGGCCCUGGAUUCUUCAGGACUGUCUGAGAGAGGUGUAUGGGCUGGUGGAGCUGAGGAUCCACCCUGAAUACACCCUGAGUGUGUAUCGCUUCAGGGUCCAGGGCCAGCCAAGGAUCAGGUAAAAAAAUUAAAUGAAGUGGGUAAGGAAAAAAGGUAAGCAGGGAAAAGAAUGAAACACAAAAACAAACAAAUCAGAAAAACACAUCAAAAAAAAAAAAAAACAGCAGACAAAAAAAAAAACUAAAAUUAAGCAGGUAAGAAAUGGAAAAGCAGGUAAAAGAAUGAAACAAAAAACAUCCAAAAAAAAAACAUACCAGAACAAAAACAAAAAAAAAAAGCAGACAACAAAAAAAGUAAAAUUAAGCAGGUAAGGAACAGGUAAGCAGGUAAAAGAAUGAAACAAAAAAAAACAAACAAAUAAGAAAAACAAAUUAAAAAAAAAAAACAGCAGACAACAAAAAAAACCCUAAAAUUAAGCAGGUAAGAAACAGGUAAGCAGGUAAAAGAAUGAAUCACAAAAACAAACAAAUAAGAAAAAACAAUAAAAAAAACAACAACAAAAAAAACUAAAAUUAAGCUGGUAAGAAAUG